GGUUAACGUUCCCUGAGACCGUCUUAGGUGUAUUACGUAAUUGUAAAGCCAUUUGCGUAUACAACGGUUUUCUAGUAACCAGCAACGUCGAACAAUAACCUAAAGAUGUGGGUACAGUGUUAUUAUGCCUUGCCGUGUCUAGCUGGGUCACUCUUGCAUCUUCAACCAGAACUCCCUCGACUGCGUCGAGCCCUUUGUCGCGAGCGACCUUUCAAUCAUUUCUAUUUUUCGUCAAUCGAGCAGGGUUCUCGACAGUGUUCAAUACCACUCAUUUCACGCAAUGUUAUUUGUUAAUGUCAUUUCGGCCAUAAUACUGGCAGGCUCAGUUACGGCCAUUCCCUUUCGUAUCCUACCCUCUCAAAGUAAGCGGGAUGUCAACCCUGCGCUAGUACCGUCAUUCGGUUGGCAAUCUGGUAUCAAUCCAGAUGGCACGGGUAACUGUGACGGUGCUGUGAAUGGCACUAAUGGGAAACCUAUUUUAGUACCUUGCCAAUGCCCGCCAAAUUCAACGUUCUUCCUUGCUAAUCUUGAUAAAAAUGUGGCGGCGGGCUUUGUGACAACAAACCCCACAGUGAAGGUCUCUUUCCCAACAGAUAAUAGCACAGCAUCUCAGCUUGCUCGUUUAAAUGCAGCAGCGGUCACUCUGCAAAACUUGGAAGGCCCUGGUGUUGGGUGCCCAAUUUCUUCUACCACUUUUUCUGCACAGAGGAAUGCAAUCAGUGCAGAGGCAUCUAGCAACGGAAAUUCAAGUGCCACGCCUUCGGUAUAUAUGCCUGCUUCAUCUACCUUCAUAUCCUCAAGUGCUGCAAUACCUACGACUGCGUCAGCAACACCCGCGCGUUCCGGUGUGCCAACGAGCUCUUCUGUCACGAACACUGCCGUCCCAACGAGCAUCACUUCAAACAAUAAUCCUGUUUCACCCACUAAUGAACAAAUUGCCACUCUGGCACCGCCCCUUGGAUGGCAAGCUGGAAUCAACUCGGACGGCACUGGUAAUUGUGAUGGUGCCGUCAAUGGUACAAACGGGAAGCCAAUACUUAUCCCAUGUCAAUGUCCCCCUGAUCAGACGCACUAUAUCGCAAACCUGACUGCUAAUAUCCGCGCGGGCCAUGUCAUUCUCAAUCCCACGGUGCAACUCACAUUCCCAACCGAUAACAGCACAGCCUCGCAAAGUGCGCGUCUGAAUGCUGCUGCUGUUACGAUACAGAACUUGAAUGGUGCUGGGAAGGGCUGUCCGAUCGUCUCCACCACGUUCAGUGCACAGCAGAAGGCAAUUAAUGCUAAAAGCACUUCUUGAUUGAUUAUUAGUUGUAGCAAACAACAAGCUUUCGUUAUCAUUGUACAAUCAUAUUGCUUAGGCGUUGGCCAGAAAAAACUUGCAAGUUGGGGCUCCUCC